CCGCCCCGCCCGUCCGCAUUCUGCCGCCGCCGGCGCCGAGUGGUGGUGUGCUGAACCCGGCCUUGCUGAGCCCGGCCUUGCCGAACCCGCCCUGCUGAGCCCCGCCGUACCGGACCCCGCCGCUGCGAUGAUGCCAGGCAGAGCCCGGCGCAAGUCCGCACCGCCCGUCGCUCCCGCAGAGCGGGAGGUGGUGGCGGAGUGCGCCCUGCAGCUGCGCAGGAUCGGCGACAAGUGGGACCUGCGGCAGAAGAUCCUGAACCUCCUCACAAAACUAUUCUGCCCGGAAACGUGAGCCCACCUCGGACACGGUGCGCUGGAAAGCAGGGAAAGACCUUGGCUUUAUGGAUUUGGAACAAGAGACUUCACUGACACUCGGAGAUGAAGAAAGCUCUUUACAUUGUAUUUUGUCACCUGUAGCCGCCAAAGGAUGGCUGUCGCAACGUCGUUUCUUUGAAGGUUGUUAAGCACUAUUGGCAUAUGAAUGCCAGGUGGAAAAAAAAUAGCAAUGGGCAGAGCCCCUUGCCAUGCAGUGGGAGGACUUGGGGCAAGACAGAACUUGCCCUUCACCCUGGUCUGAGAAGACUUCCAGGAACCUGGUUUUCCUAGUCUCCCUCUAGUUGUUGUGUCCCACAUCUACAUUUCAUCAAGGACCUCGGACCACCUUGAGAAAGAAACCAAAAAAAGUGUCAGUCUUGGAAUGUGGGAUCAUAUAUCACAGGGCAAAAGCCAGUUCCUUGGUUUCUGACUGCUCUUAUUUCUAAAGCAUGGAUUCUGCUGGGUAGGGAUCUGGUGGUGGGAUUAUUUCAUUUGUUAAGUAAACUGUUAUCUUUAUUGAAAGGUUAUUUGUUACAUGAUGUUGCUUCAUAGACUAAAAAUUAGAAUUCUAUGAAUUAAUAUGAUGUUGCACAGUUCUAGUCUGUAUUAUAUAUAUGUACAUAUUUGUACAUAUAUAAAAGAUAAAUAAAUAUGUGCACCCCAUGUGUAUGAAAUGAAUACUGCACAGAAUUAUUAAGUGAAUGCUACUUGUUAGGCUCAAAAAUAGUAUGAAAAAAGUGUUCAAAACAUGACAAAAAUAGUUCAUAUUAACUAGAAGAAAGCAUAAUGUAUUCUGAUAAUACAGAAAAUACUUCAUGCAACACAGAGGGGCACAUACUUUAGUAUAGCAUUAUAUAAGACAUAUAUAUUACACAAAUACAGAUACUGAGGUAUAUGCAUUUGGUGGAAGGAUUCUUUCAAUAUUAUGAAGAAUUUCUUGAGAAAAGUAAAAUACUGCUGUGGCUUUAUAAGUAACAAAAUAACUCUUCAAUAGAAGUAGAUCUUAAAGUACAUUCUGAGUUCAAUCUCAAGUUUUCUUGAGAAUGUUAUUUAUUCAAAGAAAGCAACUACCUCUCUUUGAAGAAAUAAUAUCAAUAGAAUUGAAUGUUACAGUCAGUAGAGGAAAGUAGCCUUGGGUUGCUGAAUGUGUAACUACACUUACAAGUAAAGGUUCUUCCCUUGUAUGUUAUUUCCAUUUAAUUUCCUGGCAACCUCAUUUCAGUUCUGAAAUUAUGAAGCUGCUGUGGCACAUCCAGUGGCUGGUGAUGCGUUAUGCUUAUCUCACUGAGGGGUUAUUACCCUUGGCUGGCAUCGGAGGAGCUGAAUUAAGCAUGCUGAUUGCCGUCAAGGCAAACAGUAACUCUGCUAGUCAAUGCAUGUCAGAUACAAUCCUAAACAGUAUUUUUUAAUGGGUGCAAGCUAGCAAGAAAAUGGCUGAAGUUGAUCAUAUUCUGUAGGUACAUCUUAGGUCAAUGGUCAGAGUUCCUUCUCUUAACUAACCUUGUAUGUAAGUGCAUUUGCAUUGUAUAAGGCUGUAUAGUUGGCAUCUUCUGAAUUCUGGGUCUGUUCAAAUUACAUUUUUCUCCUGCCUUGUAGGCAAUUCUUGUUUGUAUUUAUAAUUAAUUUUUUGGUUAGCUUUUCUAAAGCUGCCUUUGCAAAACUGUCAUUACAUAGCUCUGGUCACUCUGCCACAACAAACUGUGUAUAGCUGGUACUUGUCACUGAUUUCACUAAGCAGAAGCUCACUGACUUUCCCUGCUUUCUGCAUGGAGGACCUAACCCUGUCCCGGUGGCAUCACUGUGGGCUUUGCCAUUGGCUUGAGGCACAUGCACCAUUCCCUCCACCUCUAAGCCAGCUAAUACCUUUUCAGUGAGAACAUAACGUUUCAAGAAUAGUUGCUACUCAUCUUAAUACUGCAAAGUAACGGAUUUUCCUGAUAUGUACAGAGGUCGCUUUUUCAGCUAUUAAAAAGUAAGUGCAAAUAGUUUCUGCUAGGCUAAACACCAGCUCCCAGGCUAGCAGCACGUGCAACUCGGCAAAGCUGUUCAUCAAAAGCAGCCCUGACUUCGACAGAAGGGCUCCUGCCGUAUGUCCUGGGCUUGGUGGAGUCUUCAUCAAGGACACUAAACAAUGAUGACACCUGUUUGGGACUCUCAAGAAAAUUCAGCAUUAGCAUUUGCAUUAGUAGCUGAAAUGUAUUUCAAUAAAAGUGUUCUGCUCAAUGUAUGCUGCUUUGAAAUCCGAUAGGGAACAAGGCGGGGCUUCAUCGAGCCAAGCCAAUACUUCAGGUUGUAGCAUACAUGAAUGUUAUGAAAAAAAGGUAGCCUAAUAAAUGCAUUGUCAUGGGGAUAUCUGAGUUAAGUAUUAGCACAGUAUUUUUCUGUCUAGCUCUGCAAACACUGUUUGCUUUUCAUGAAAUGUUUUUAUGUUUCUCUGAGCAUUGUCAAGCGUGUUAGUAUUCACCGGUAGCUCAGGAGAAAGACCUAGAUCCAAGUGAUCAGUGCAGUAUAUGAGCAAGUUCUUGCUGAUGUUCUCCCUUGGAGUCCUUUUGUUACUUCUCCAAAGGAUCUGCUAUAUGGAUGUAUCAACACGAGUCUGUUUUUCUUAAGGCCUGUUUUGGAUACAGGCUGUCCAGUGCAUGUAUGUCUUGAAAUCUUGCUGACAUAAUAAAUGCAAGGCCUUUGUGAGAAAAAU